AUCAAUGAAGGAAGUGAAAUUGGAGCGAGCUAAGCCUCAUCCGGAUGAGCGUACUUAUUGCAACAACUGUAGAACUUCCAUAUUUGAUGUGCACAGAAGGUGCAGAGUUUGUCCGUAUGACUUGUGCAUUGCAUGUUGCCGGGAGAUUCGCCAAGGUAAGAUUCCUGGAGGAGAAGAUAUAGAGAUAGCGCAGUAUGAAGAUAGAGGCAAGGAGUAUGUUUUUGGUCGUAUUCCUAAUUCAAGGAAUAGAGAUAAAAGGGUCCCUUUUAAGAGGCACAAGGACACAGAUAAGACUGUCGUACCGUGGAAGGCAAAUAGUGAUGGUAGUAUACCUUGCCCCCCAAAAGAAAAAGGAGGCUGUGGUGGUUCACAUUUAGACCUCAAAUUCUUGCAGACAGAGACGAUACUUUCGGAGUUAGAAGACCGUGCUGACAAACUUGUUAGGAGCGGAACAUUUAAUGAAGGGGUCGCCAAUGCAAGCAAUCGGUGCCCUUGCUCUGAUCAUUCUGACAAGAGAACGCAGACUGCAAAUAGGGAUGGCUCAGGUGAUAACUACUUAUACAGCCCAAUAGCCGAAGAUAUCCAGGACGAUGACCUGGUGCACUUUCAGAACCAUUGGGCAGAGGGUGAACCAGUUAUUGUUUCCGAUGUUCUUCGGUUAACCGCUGGUCUGAGUUGGGAGCCAUCAGUUAUGGUGCGGGCAUUGAGAGAAAGAAAGACCGCUAACUUGGCUGUCGAGGCAUUAGAUUGCCUUGAUUUGUGUGAGGUGGAAAUUAAAAUAUGCGAUUUUUUCAAGGGAUAUACCAGAGGAAGAACUCAUCCUUCAUCUCGCUGGCCACAGAUACUUAAGCUAAAAGACUGGCCACCAUCUAGUUCCUUUGACGAGAGAUUAGCUCGUCAUGGUGCUGAAUUUAUCAGUGCAUUGCCAUUUCCAGAGUACACUGAUCCACAAUAUGGUCCAUUGAAUCUUGCAGUCAAGCUUCCUGCCCGUUCCUUGAAGCCAGAUCUUGGGCCAAAAGCAUACAUUGCGUAUGGAAUUCGCCAAGAGUUAGGCAGGGGUGACUCCGUGACGAAGCUUCACUGCGACAUGUCUGAUGCGGUAAAUAUUUUAACACAUACUGCUGAAGUGGACUACAAGAUUGGUGACCUUCAUGAUAUAGAAGAAAUUAGAAGUAAAAUGGCAAAACAAGAUUAUCAGGAAUUUUAUGAGGAUUUAAAUGAGGCAAAUAAAUCUGGUGAGCUGCAUAAUGGAGGUCGCUCUACUUUGGGCAAGCAAGGCAAUAGAGGACUUCGCAACAAAGUUACAGGUGGCCCUUCCAAGAGAGUGCCAAAGAGUUCAGUGGAACAGAAUACCGGUGGUGCUUUAUGGGAUAUUUUUCGUAGAGAAGAUUCUCAGAAAUUACAAGAGUAUCUUACAAAGCACGCCUCUGAAUUUCGGCACAUUUACUGCAAUCCUGUGAAACAGGUUAUUCACCCUAUUCAUGACCAGACUUUUUAUUUAACUGAGGAACAUAAGAGAAAUCUCAAGAAAGAAUAUGGUGUUGAGCCCUGGACGUUUGAACAGAAGCUUGGUGAAGCGGUUUUCAUUCCUGCUGGAUGUCCUCAUCAAGUCAGGAAUUUGAAGUCUUGCGUCAAGGUUGCAAUGGACUUCGUUUCCCCUGAAAAUGUUAAUGAAUGUAUAAAGCUGACUAAAGAGUUUAGAUGUCUUCCAUCCGGUCACAGGGCUAAAGAAGAUAAGUUAGAGAUAAAUAAGAUUGCUUUUCAUGCUCUUAAAGCUGCUGUAAAUUUGUUGGACCCUUCCUCGGGAGUGUUGGACAGUGAGGAUGACCAGCUCAGUGAUGAAGCUGUAGAUGAGAAGCGUAAAAGGCCAGGCAGACGCCCAAGAGGCGGUAUGAAGAACAAACGGCAGGCUGGCAGGAAGAGCGAAGAUCAGUCCAGGGACGAAGGUGUUGAUAAGAAGCAUAAAAAUGGACGUGGUCUCCCUAGUGGCGACAAGUCCAGCGACGAAGCUUUAGUCGAGAAGAGGGGACCUGGCCGCCCAGGUCGCAAUCUGCAGAGCGAAGGUCAGUCCGGCCAUGAAGCUGCAGAUGAGAAGCCUAGAAGACGUGGUCGCCCAAGUCGCAACCAGAAGAAUGACGGUCAGUCUAGCGAUGAAGCUGUAGCUAAGAAGCCUAGAAGAGGCCGUGGUCGCCCAAGCCGCAACCUGAAGAAUGAAGUCCAGUCCAUCGAUGAAGCUGUAGACGAGGAGCAUCAAAGGGAACCUCGCACAAGGGGUGAUCUGAAAAGGUUGUGCAUGGAUGAAGCUGUAUAUGAAAGGAAGCCUAAGAGGGGACGUGGACGCCCAAAAGGUUCUUGAUCUGUUCCCGAAAGAUGAGGGCCGAGGAAUUAGAGUUCCUUUGGCCGGUCGAUUGAAAUUAUUUUGGAGGGAACUGUGUUUUUCUUUCUAUUACUCGUUAUGACCGCCAGCACAGAAACUCUUACAGCUAGUAUGCUGAUGCUGUACUUGAUCAACAAAUCGUCUGCUGUUGAUAUUUUCGCAAUGGACCUGAAUAGCCGUGGUCAAGAAUUCAUUGGUUUUUCAGAUACUAUUACACUUGUUCUUUGUGUUUU